CGCGGCGUCGGCGGCUUCUCCAGUCGCGUCUUUCUCCCUCACUGGGGAAACCGGCGGUGGCGGCACCUUCGGAGGCUGAGCAGCUGAGCCGCGAGCCCGCCAGUGGGAGGUCGGACAGACUGACUGCAGAGCCGACAGACGGACGGACAGCGGGGCAGCCAGACGGCUCGAGUCGCCUCGAGUUCCGCCAUGAGCUGGGGCACGGAGCUUUGGGAUCAGUUCGACAGCUUAGACAAGCAUACACAAUGGGGAAUUGACUUCUUGGAAAGAUACGCCAAAUUUGUUAAAGAGAGGAUAGAAAUUGAACAGAACUAUGCAAAACAAUUGAGAAAUCUGGUUAAGAAGUACUGUCCCAAACGUUCCACCAAAGAUGAAGAGCCAAGGUUUACUUCGUGUAUAGCCUUUUUUAACAUCCUUAACGAGUUAAAUGACUAUGCAGGACAGCGGGAAGUAGUAGCAGAAGAAAUGGCGCACAGAGUUUAUGGUGAAUUAAUGAGAUAUGCUCAUGAUCUGAAAACUGAAAGAAAAAUGCAUCUUCAAGAGGGACGAAAAGCCCAGCAAUACCUUGACAUGUGCUGGAAACAGAUGGAUAAUAGUAAAAAGAAAUUUGAAAGAGAAUGUAGAGAGGCAGAGAAGGCACAACAGAGUUAUGAAAGAUUGGAUAAUGAUACUAAUGCAACCAAGGCAGAUGUUGAAAAGGCUAAACAGCAGUUGAAUCUACGUACACAUAUGGCUGACGAAAAUAAGAAUGAAUAUGCCGCACAAUUACAAAACUUCAAUGGAGAACAGCACAAACAUUUCUACGUAGUGAUUCCUCAGAUUUACAAGCAACUACAAGAAAUGGAUGAACGAAGGACUAUUAAACUCAGUGAGUGUUACAGAGGAUUUGCAGACUCAGAACGCAAAGUUAUUCCCAUCAUUUCAAAGUGUUUGGAAGGAAUGAUUCUUGCAGCAAAAUCAGUUGACGAAAGAAGAGACUCUCAGAUGGUAGUAGACUCCUUUAAGUCCGGAUUUGAACCUCCAGGAGACUUUCCAUUUGAAGAUUACAGUCAGCAUAUUUAUAGAACCAUUUCUGAUGGGACUAUCAGUGCAUCCAAACAGGAAAGUGGGAAGGUGGAUGCCAAAACCACAGUAGGAAAGGCCAAGGGCAAGUUGUGGCUCUUUGGAAAGAAGCCAAAGGGCCCAGCACUAGAAGAUUUCAGUCAUCUGCCACCAGAACAGAGACGUAAAAAACUACAGCAGCGCAUCGAUGAACUUAACAGAGAACUACAAAAAGAAUCAGACCAAAAAGAAGCACUCAACAAAAUGAAAGAUGUAUAUGAGAAAAAUCCACAAAUGGGGGACCCAGGGAGUUUGCAGCCUAAAUUAGCAGAGACCAUGAAUAACAUUGACCGCCUGCGAAUGGAAAUCCACAAGAAUGAGGCUUGGCUGUCUGAAGUUGAAGGCAAAACAGGUGGAAGAGGAGACAGAAGACAUAGCAGUGACAUAAAUCACCUUGUAACACAGGGACGAGAAAGCCCUGAGGGAAGCUAUACUGAUGAUGCAAACCAAGAAGUCCGUGGGCCACCCCAACAGCAUGGUCACCACAGUGAGUUUGAUGAUGAGUUUGAAGAUGACGAUCCCUUGCCUGCUAUUGGACACUGCAAAGCUAUCUACCCUUUUGAUGGACAUAAUGAAGGUACUCUGGCAAUGAAAGAAGGUGAAGUUCUAUACAUUAUUGAGGAGGACAAGGGUGAUGGAUGGACAAGAGCUCGGAGACAGAAUGGUGAAGAAGGCUACGUUCCCACAUCAUACAUAGAUGUAACUCUAGAGAAAAACAGUAAAGGUGCAGUAACUUACAUCUAAACUAACCCGGCAGCUUUGUAACAUGUAUGACAUAGGAACGAUAACAAUGAAAACACGGUCAAUGGGUGGGAAAACAUAAGAAAGCUGAAAGGGCAUCCAAGAUUUAUUGUUCACUGUGUGAGCUGAGUGUAGGCUCGAUCUUAGAGAUGUGACUAUUACAAGAAACUGUUCUCGUGACGCUUUACCAUUUGAGUGAUGUUGGUGUGAAGCUUAAUUGAUGCCUUUUGUUUAUGUUCUGCUUAAGUCUGUGUGAAGGAUUUGUGUUUUUCUGCCUUAUAAAUCAUAAAAUUUAAUCUACUGGGCAGGAAUCCAUCCUGUAGAGGGGUAGGGAUAGAAAGCUCCCUACCCCUCUACACUUUGCUUCAGGAAACACAGUGACUGUAGUGAACUCAAGUAAAACUGCUCUGAAAUGCUUGCUAUAAAAAGUUGAUGCCCAAAAGAGGGGUUUGGUCUAGGGGUUUGAAAUUGUAGCUACAGUUUCUAGGAAAAAUGUAAUAAUAGUUGGCUAAUUGGAUAAAAUACGAAUGUAAUCAUUUUCAUUUUUGUCCUUAUUCUCAACUUCAGUUUCCUAAAGGAAGAAAACAGGCACCUAACACAUAAUCUGUUUUAGUAGUAGGCUAAUCAAGAGACGUGCAAAAUAAACGGGCCUGGUCUUGCUCUUUAAGUGAAUAAAAUGGCUUUCUUUUGAGACCCAAGGAUAUUUUCAGGUUUUCUAGUAAUUUUCAAUAAUGUACAAGCUUUCUUCUAAAUUAAUGCUUGUAUUUUUCAUCUUUAAAUGUCUUUUGAGAAAUACCACUUUAGUGAUACUAGCAUUUAGCAAUUAUACAUAGGAAAGUGGAUUCUAAAUAAACUAAGAGGAAAUCUUGCAUGGAGGAGAAGUACUGGCAAAUUUUGCUUGAACGAAAAAAUGACUUUUUUCACUAACUGGGUUGGAGGAAUAUAUCUCUGCCAUCACUGAAGGCAUUUCCUCAUUUUAGCUGAAUCGUCAAUUAUUAGGAGUUUUUUUUCCAAUUUUAAUAAGCAUUUGUUGGAAACACUGUAUAAUCAAGACAUGUGCAGUGCUAGUUGUGUAGGGGAGUAAAGUGAGGAAGCAAUUAAGAGACUGGUCCUUAAUUUUGCUCAUGUUCCAACAUGUUUUGGUGUUUUUAAUAGCUGACUAUAAAAUGAUUUUAGAGACAUUUGGGAUGGACACUUUAAACUGAACACUCCUUUUGGUCUUACUAAAGGUCUUCAGUAAUUGUUCUUUUCUUUUUCCUCCUGGACUGCAGGUUCCUGAAGAGGGUUUCUGAGGAAAUGGGCAAGAUGUUGAAGGAGGUUACAUGCAGCUGCUUUUGGGGGGAGGGUAUUAGAGUUGUCAGGCUCAGAGAGAGUGAGAGAAGCAAGUUGCAUGAGUGCAUGCAGACAUGAUUAUUUUUUUACUAACUUCAUUAGCAUUUCCGUACAUUGUUUUAAAAAAUCAUUGUAAUACCAACCCUUAAACUUGUCAAUUACAGUUAUUCACAUAAAGGAAAAAAGCCAACAAUGGCUAACCUUUUUUUUUUCCAUUUAUUUUACUGAUAUCCAAAUCAGAAAGAAUGCAGAGCUGUCCUUAAGUUUGUCAUAUCUGACUGUCCCAACAGGACUGUCCAUUGCAGCUCUUUUAAUUGGCUUUUAGACCCAUUGUCUGUUAGAAUCCUUGCCAUUUUUGACUGUUCCAACAGGACUGUCCAUCGCAGCUCUGUUUAAUUGGCUUUUAGACCCAUUGUCUGUUAGAAUCCUUGCCAUUUGUCAGUGUCUGCCUGCGUCACCUCUGUGCUUGCUUAACAUCCUGUUGCAUGUCUAGAGUGAUCGGGUUUAGAUUUUUCAGGCAUGUCUUUAUAAUCCCUUGUUCUUGUCAAAGCCUUUGUUUUGUUUUACAUUUGUAGUGCAAAUCACUUUGUCAAACAUCUCCAGCACUAAUGUUUCCAUCCUAGUAUUUGUGUACGCUGCUAUAACUUCCCCACUGCAAAACAUUCCAGUUUUGGCAUUAUGAAGAAGCAGUUUGUGAACCUGAAGUAUUUAUGAUCAGAAGAAAAAACAUCUCUGCUCUAGCCUACAGCCCAGUUGAAAGAACUCUUUGAAACAUGAUACAUCUUCAGCACCUCAGUCUGGGAAGAAUCUAUAGUCAGCACUGAAAUCCUGGCAUAAUAAACACAGAAGAUACUCACCACCUCAAGACAAAGGACUGUUGUCAGAAGUCAGCUGCUUCCAUUCAAACGCUGCCUUAAACUAGAGUGCCUAAAUCUGCUGAUUGCCAACACUACCACUACAGUAUCCCACAAAGGGCUUUAUGUGUCAGCUCAGUGCGACCUCCAUUAACUCGGCAGUGCUGCUAUAGCUGCCGAUACAACCUCGGUAGGUGGCUUUUAGAGCUCUACCAUGUUUGUUGGUGCAUCUUCAAAUUUACGCAUCAAACUAAAGACAUGUCUGAGUCCAUUUUACUUAGUGUUUUUAUGAGAAGUUUUAUGGACCUCCCUCCCAUUGUCUUCUAAUUUGGGGUUACUGUUUUCUCACUUAAUUAUUACAAUGAUAGUCUGUUUCCAAGUGAUGAUUUUAUUUGAACCACAUACAAUUUAGUGAAACUUUGUAAUGAUCUAUGUGCACUUUUCCUUGUAAAAUGGGAGUUUCUGUAUGUUUAUACUUGUAAAUAUAAUUGUCAUCAGUGCCCCUACGCUCAUGUUGCUCAUGUUGUCCUCCCUCGCAUUUGUGAUUCUGUUAAUGACUUGUAUCUUAACUAAUUUCUUAGUGACAUUUAAUGGGGAGGUGGGUGGGGGUGGGGAGAUAUUUGUAACAUGGAAGCUUCAUUAAUUUGGUUCUUUACUGUUUUGAAGGAAGAAAGAACGUGAAAUGGUCUGUGUAUUGUUGGAUUUCAAGCGAUAUUUUAGAAACUGUGUGACUGCUUUAAUAAUUUUUCCCAGUGUUAUUUGAAUCGUACUACCAGUUAUACUAAAGCUGAAUGACAAUUGUGUGAAAGUCGAUGCCUUCGUAAGAUCAAGUACUCCCAUUACACAGCUGACAUGAUAGUGUAUUACCUUUAAGGCUAGUAAACUAUGAAGUUUUAGAUUUUAAAUCUCGUUACAGGGUUAUUUAUAUAAAGUGACAUUAUUCAGUACUGACAGACUACAUAAAGUAGUUUUCAGAUCCAGUGCUAUUUUUAUUUUAAAGGUUAGCAAUGAAGAGGAAACCUGAGCUGGCUGUGUUUGUCUUCUGUACAAAGCCUGAGGUGCUUGUGCUUUUUGGCAACAGCCACAGAGGGCAAAGUUUAAGGCUUUCUUGUGAGGACUAACUGUUCUUUUCAAGCUACUGUUUGUUUUUCUUAAAGCAGGAUUUGCUUCCGUAGGAGGCAAGUUCCCUCACGUGGAAUAGUGCAACCUGUGUAUGGGUUAUUACAAUAGGAAAGACAUUUGUACUUGCACAGUUUAAAUCAUUCUUAAAUUUGAAUAUGUGAAUUGUCCAAAAGAAGUCUUUAAUUUUUUCAGUAAUUUUUACUCUUUUUGUGCACAUGUUGAUUUCUUAAUGUAAAUGCUUUGUUUAAGAUAGUGUUCUCUGUUGAGAAUAUUUUCAUGGAAUAAAAUAAUCUUUUCAUGGUCA